AAUUUAGAAAUAAUUUCAACAUGGCGCCCGGUUGUUCAGAGUGUGUGUGUGUGAAAGUGCAGUGAAAUUAUGUUAUUAUCUAGAAUUUUUAGUGAUUAUUUUAGUGUUUAAGUGAAAAGUGUGUGCAUUAAUGCAGUGGUUUUCUUAUCAUGGCUUUGGAUUUACGCCUGCAUUCUCCUGCAGGCGCGGAACCUGUUGUUUAUACAUGGCCCCUCACUUCAGGUCAUGGCUCGGACAAACACGAUGGGGCCUUGGAGAUAGUGGAAACUAUAAGAUGGGUGUGCGACGAUUUACCAGAGAUGAAAGCGGCUCUGGAAAACAACAUCUUGUGCGACUACGACACCCACUCGUACGACAGCAUGAGAGCCCUGUGCGACCGUUUCAACCGCGCCAUAGACUCCGUCGUCGCUCUGGAAAAAGGCACGUCGUUACCAGCUCAACGGUUGAACAAGUAUCCGUCAAGAGGUUUGCUGAAACACAUAUUGCAGCAAACAUACAACCAAGCAGUGUCUGACCCGGAUAAACUCAACCAAUAUGAACCCUUCUCACCUGAGGUAUACGGCGAAACAUCGUACGAGCUGGUGUGUCAGAUGAUAGAUCAAAUAGACAUAACAUCCGACGAUGUGUUCGUGGACUUGGGCUCGGGCGUGGGACAGGUGGUCCUACAAAUGGCGGCUGCAACACCUUGCCGCGUCUGCCUUGGAGUCGAAAAGGCGGAAGUUCCCAGCAAAUAUGCUGAGAGUAUGGACGGUCACUUUAGAAUGUGGAUGAGGUGGUACGGCAAAAAGUUUGGAGAAUACAAAUUAAUAAAGGGUGAUUUUCUUCUGGAUGAACACAGAGAAAAAAUAAAUGCGGCUACGAUUGUUUUUGUGAAUAACUUCGCGUUCGGCCCGCAUGUAGAUCAUCAGUUAAAAGAAAGAUUUGCUGAUUUGAAAGACGGUGCUAAAAUAGUAUCAUCGAAGAGUUUUUGUCCUCUGAACUUCAGGAUAACGGACAGAAACCUGAGUGACAUCGGGACCAUCAUGCACGUGAGCGAGAUGUCUCCACUAAAAGGAUCAGUCUCGUGGACGGGGAAGCCAGUCUCUUACUAUUUACACAUUAUAGAUAGGACCAAAUUGGAGAGAUAUUUUCAAAGACUGAAAAAUCCGAAACUCAAGGUCAGCAAAAGGGGAACGCACAACGGUUGCGACGAGGGCGAGACUAGCGGCAAGCGACAUCUCAGCGCGCCGCCCACGCGACAGCCCACGCCCGACCUGCUCAACGGGAACAGCAACCACAGCACCGCCUCGCUGCCCGAGCGACGGCGCAAGGUCGCGCGCGCGCGCCCCGCCAGGGGUGAGAACGGCAGGACUCGAGCGAGAGCAGCGGUGGCCAAGCGGCGCGUGGUGCGGCGCUCCAGUGACGACAGCGACGAGGAGUCCAGCGGCACCGACGACGCGCCGCCCGGGCCCGAGCCCGCGCCGCGCGAGUGGGGAGCACCAUGGGCCUCCUCGUCCGAUUCCAACCGCAGUCGGCGGCCGGCCAGCAAGCGCAGUGCGAGCGCGGGCGGCGCGCGGCGGCGGGCGGCGCGAGCCAAGCGACGUCGCGCCGCGCCCGCCGCCAUCGCCGGCCUCGACCUGCUACACUCCACCACGCUGGCCUCCACGCUACAUAACGGCGCCGUGACGGCGCCGCCGCCGGGCUGCGUGGAGCAGCGCCUGUCUGCGCUGGGCGUGUCGCUGCAGCCCAUGUCGCGCGUGCACUCGGAGCUGGACAUCCCGCGCGCGCCGGCCGCGCCCUACAGCCUGCAGCUGCUGCUGGACAUGUUCCGCGACCAGUACCUCGCCUUCAUCGCGCGCAUGAACACGCCCGAGUACGCGCACGAGAUACGACAACAGAUCGAAAAGGAAAAGGAGAGGAACCAGAAACUGAAGUCGCGUGCGUCUCAGUUAGAUAAACAGAUCAACGUGCUCAUAAGCGACAGUGUUGCUCUGUUAAAGGCGCGCAUGAGUGAGCUGGGCAUUCACGCCAAUAACACUGUGGAUCUCUUGGCCAAAGCCAAGGAAAUUGUGGGGAGACACAAAGAGCUGCAGAGCAAAGCUAGCAAAUUACAAGCACAGGUGAAUAAUAUAGAAAAUGACCAGGCCGUGCUAAUUAAACAAAGGACAUUUGAGAUCACGGAAAAGUAUCGUCAGUUGGGUCACAUACCUCCCGACGUCGAAAUCACGCAAAGUAUAGCCCACGACUGCAUACUAAAAGAAAUAUCUGCAACACUAGCGCAUCGGAAAAGAUUACAUGCACAAGUAGGACACCUGCAGAAUGAAAUUAUCCAAAUGGAAAGAUCAAACGAGCAAAAAGUGGCACCGCCAACUGUACCAGUUGCUACUGUAAAACCUCAUACAGUUAAUUCAAAACCCAGAAAGUCCAGAGAGCACAGAUCGCGCUCUCAGGAGUGGCCAGAUGUUCCAGAUGUUGGGAAAAUUGAGGAACAAAAUCCAGAAAUCCUUGCUCAGAAAAUAUUAGAAACUGGGCGGCAGAUCGAAGCUGGUAAAAUCUCGAAGCCAAAUGUGGCAGUGAACGGGUAUCCAAGAGAAUCAGAGAGACACGUCGAACAUCAUAGACAUCCAAAGACAGGUGCACCGAUACACCGCACGCAACCUCAACGGCCGGGACAGCCACCGCCCAACCUCGCUCACAGACAGUCACCGGUCAAGCCGCAGAAACCUCUCAAUGUCGUCGGUAAGGUGCAAGAAUCGCCAAAAGUGAUAAAUUUUGAAGACAGGCUCAAAAGUAUAAUAACGUCGGUGCUGAACGAAGACCAGGAGCAACGGAAAGCGUCCCGGCCUUCGCAGAGCCACGCCUAUACCAACGGCUACGUGCGAGGUGGAGGCACGCACGGCUCGCACGGGUCGCAUAGCUCGCACGGGUCUCACGGGUCCCACGGGACCCACGGGUCCCACGGCUCGCAUGGCUCCCACGGGUCCCACGGCUCUCACGGCUCUCACGGCUCGCACGGGUCCCACGGGUCGCACGGGGCGCAGUAUCGCGGCGGCGGGCUGGCGCGCGCAGGGCGCGAGCUUCGGCGCGAGCGCUACCCGUACGAGCGGCUGAGCGCGCUCGAGGCGGCGCCCGACUACACGCAGGUGUCGCCGGCCAAGCUGGCGCUGCGCCGCCACCUGUCGCAGGAGCGGCUGGCCACGCCCGGCGCGCGCACCAUCGGGGACCUCGUCAACGGGGAGAUCGAGCGCACGCUGGAGAUCUCCAACCAGAGCAUCAUCAACGCAGCCGUCAACAUGAGCGCGCGAUACCACGAGCCCGCCGCCACCAAUCAGCCGCUCGAAGGGUUAGCAGCUUGCUUACAAGCUCGCGUGCUGGCGUCUGAUUACUGGCGCGGGCGCAACGGACCAGGAGCUGCCGGCGCCGGCCCGCCGGCGGGGGCAACGGGCCCCGGUAGUGCGGGCGCCAGCCAGGGCGCCGCGGCCGCGCCCGCCGCCGAGGACGAGGCGCGGCGCCGCACGCCGCAGCCCGACCCGCACUCCAACACGUCCACCCCGCUGGUGGACGAGCUGCCCGACGGCGCGCGCCUGCCAGGUAACGCGAGCGUCGCCUGCGCCCCGCCUGCGCCCGCGCCGUCGCACCCUCUCACCACCCGCUCCGUUACAGAGGGCGAAGGCGGCGAAGAGGUGGACGAGAGCAAGUGGCAAGACCGGAUAGCUUUCCGGUUCGACCAGAUCAUAUCGUUCGCGUCGACGGCCAUGGAGGACAAGCGGCGGCGCUCGGACGAGGCGUGCAACACGUCGCCCGACUCGGGCAUCGGUCACGGCGAGGCGGGCGCGGCGGCGGCGGCGGCGCCGGCGGCGCACUUCAAGAAGCGCUUCUUCCGACGCGAGCGCUGGGGCGCGUGGGGCGGCGCGGCGCCAGCGCUGGACUGGGAGCGCCCGCCCAUGUGACGCCGCAAGCCCUAGCGCCCGCGGCCCGCACUAGCGCAAUUAUGUAACUAGCACUGCCGACAGGGACGCGAGGACGCGAGGACGCUCGUUAGAUUGUAUUCUAUGUAAAUAGGGUCACUCCCGCCCCGCUCGACUCCCCCUCGGAUGUUGACUGUCGAUUUUUUGUUAUUUUUUUCGAAUAUAUAAUGUAAUUAUGUAUAUUAUUGAGUUUAUUUUACGUUUAAGAUGUGUAAUUAUUUAAUGGUAGUUUUAUGUCGCCGUUUUGUUCGGUGACGUCGAGACGUUUGCGCCGUGGCGGAUUGUAUUUCAUGUGUUCAUUUAGGUCUUAGAGUUUGAAAUACAUGAUUCGGUGAAUUUGCAGCGGAUCAUUCUUGCGCCGGUCGUUUGGUGAAUGUUUGUUGUUUUAUGUGUUUUGUUUGUCGAUGUUACGGAAGCUCUUGUCUGAAUAAUGUAAAUCAUGUCUUUGGGAAAUCUUAAAUUUUAGUGUACUUACUUAUGUCGAGUUUGUAUAGAAUAGAUCAUUAUGAAUUUUCUUACGUAUCGAAUCGGAAAAGUAUCGCAUUAGGAACUCUUUAGUAAAUUAUAGCGCAAUUACUGUCAUUGUAAAACGUAUCGAGGUAUCUCAUAAUGUCAUAUUCGAAGCAAUGAGGUCGUCAAUCGUCCUGUGAUACACUAAGCACCAUUAUUGUUGUCUUUUCAAUAUGACUACAAUAACUUAACUAAUUUGUAUAUUUAGAGACAGUGUUGUUUUGAAGAUGACCACAUUAGGUAGAUGGUUAGAUUGUAAAGAAUCGAGUUAUGAAGUCAGUAAAUAAACUGUAUAGUGUACUAAAAAGCUUAAAUAAUAUUAAAAUCCGACAUAACUUAUGUUAGAGUUUCCCUUGAGGAAACAUCAUGGUGCAGAUAAACAGUAGAUAUUGCAUAGUGUAAAUUGACACGCUAUUUUUAUACGGGAUUAUUUUAGAUAAUAUUAUGCCCCAUUUCCAAGUCAAAUGUAUGACAGUUGCAGUAAAGUGUAUAUGUGCGCUUCUCCGUAAUAGCAGUAAGGGAGUAUACGUGCACAUAUUGUUCGUGUCCCUAUAUAAACAUUUUUUGUAAAUUGGUACUUAAGAUGCAGUAAACCAUUUUAGAUUUAUUCCAAUGUUGUUAUAGAUUUCUGACUGUUGAUGAUACUUCGCAAUUUUGCUUCUAUACUGCAAAAUUCGAAACGCAAACGUUUGUAUUUUUAUAACUAAUUUCUGAAGGUUCUGUGGUGGAAAUAAUAGAAGGAUCAACAUGUUUAUCAAAACGUUUUUCGUUUUCUUUUAAGUAAUUGUAGAAUCGGAAUCAUAAAUUUACAACACAUUAAUCAAUGAUUGUAAACUGUAAUACUCAACUUGACGAGAAUUUAAAUUCGAUAUUAGUAUGAUUUUGAACAUUUUAAUAUUUAUUAAUUUAUAAACAGAGCUAAACUUGUCUGCAUCGCAAUAAAUACCUUCGGUUGUACAUACAAAUCAAUUGGACAUGUGCUUUCAUGUUUACUUCGACUAAAUAUAUUCACAUAAUAAUGUACCUAGUUGUAUUUCUUUAUACACAUUGUAGCUGUAAUCAUAGGACCAAAGAGUUUCUGGCGACGUGCCUAAAUGUAUCAAUAUUGUAAAUGCCCCCAAUAAUCCAUACUAAAUAUGUACAUUAGUAGUAUUUUGCUGAUUUCAAUCUGUUUUGUGCUGUAUCGAGUAUAUGGUGAUUAGAACCGAUAACUGAUUUGUCACAUUCACUGCUCUACUAUUGACCAGUCAAUUGGAAUUUUCUAUGUUACAUUACUAAAUGUAUCGUAAGGAGUGAUUCGUAACUGUAGGAAGAAGGAGGCGGCUAGCAAUAGUUCCUAUUAUGGCACUGGGCCACAUCAGUGCCUAAACAUACCUUGAGAGACCCUGCUUCAUUGUCCAUGUAUCUUUUCUUUGGGGCUGUAUCCUUAGUAUUCCAACACAUAUCUGCGUUCCUUUGGGGGUUUAUCUUGAAGUUACUUUACAAACAGCGGUUUUGGUGAUGAAUCACGAGUAACUUAGGAAUAAACUUUUUUUCGCUCAUGACGAUUAUCCGCCUCUUAGGAAUAAGAUUAACAAAAAUAAGCAAUUUGUUAUUUAAUGGGGUUUCUGAAGUCAUUGUUGAUAUUCGAAAAUAGUGAAUACGGUUUUAUACUUUCAGUCGAUAAAGCAAUUUACAAAAUAUUUUUUGUGUAAGUAAUUCGAAACUGUAUAAAUGUGAUCGUGUAUUAAGCGUAUAAGAACCGACUUGUUUCCUAAUUAGCUCGGCCGGCGCAGCUAUUGUAACAGAUGAUGAAAGACCAAUCUUAUGUUUGAAAACUUAUAAUUUUGUCGACAAAGAAUGAGCUAAUGAUUAGAAUUAAUCCGUGUAUUAAACAAAGUUCUAAUCAUGCAAUUGAUUGGUUAUCAUUUCAUUCUUGCGAUAUAUUGUAAAUACCUUAAAUACAGGGUCUAAAUUGGAAGUUUGGUGAACUUCAGUCAUAUCUGUUAUAAUAGUUAUACCGAAAGAGCAAUGCAGCCUUAUAUUUUAAAAUAGAAUAGAAGUCAGGACGCGCAUAACGUAUUAAUAUCGGAAAGCUUAGAAAUUAUAUUCGUUUCAGAAUAAUUAAUAGGUAGCUAGAUCGUAUUUGUAACGAUUUAUCAUAAGACUUGUUGGUUAAAUAAUGUGCACUGACGUAAGCAGAUUUAAAUUAUAAGAAUGUAUCCACAAUAAUUCAGGGCUCACUAAUACAUUAACUCUAAAAACACAUGAAUCUAGAAUUUUGGAACAACUGGUUCCUUUGGGAUUAUCAAACAUAUUAGUUUUAUUAUUUAAUAUUACGGCUACGGCCACUAAGAGAGACGUCAAUGAAGUCGGUUCUAUUUUUUUAAGUUAUUUUUGUACAGUAUGUUUACUUACUGUACACAGUGUAAUGUUUUUUAUUAGGUAAGAUUUUGAAGAAAAAAAGAACACGAGAAUUGUACGAUUGUAAUAGGUAAUAAUUACUGCAGCAGUUUUAAUCACUUGAGAUCGAUGAAUAUUACAUUCUGUAAAUGCGAAAUUUCAGACAUGUUUCUAAUACAUAUACGACUCUGAAACGUAAAUAUCUAAAUUCUAAACCAGGAUUACAUUAUAUGAUACUUAUGGUUAAUAAAAGUGACGAAUACGUAGUGUCGUUUCAUGUAUUUUAAACAUUGGGGUGCACUGGUUUGAUUGUGCCUGAAAACUCAUCAAUGCCGCUCCAAACCUCAAAAUUAUGUAUUUGUAUAUUGAUAAGUAAGCUUAAAAUCUAAUCUGACGUAGGUACCAAUAGUAAUUUAGUGUAAUAGGUCGGAUUAACUCGAAGAGUGAUUACAUUAUUCAGUUAUGAUUAAUUUUAUUUUUUGAUGGGGAAAUAAUGAGCUAAUCUGUGUGACGUUAUAGUGUCUAAAAUAGUACAAAUGAGAAGACUUAUCGUCGUAAGCCUCGGACUAUUCAACAUGCAAAUGCUAGGUUUGAGAUGUAUCCCUGUGUACUAGUUUUAUUUUGUACUAAAAGUUAAAAAUAAACGAAUAAUUAUAA